AAAAACAUCCAUGUUUCUCCACCUCUAUGUGCAAGGUGUCGCAGUGCUCCCAAAGGCUGCAAGUCGUGUUUAUUUAGCACCAAAAAUAAACCCGAAAUCUUUUCUGAGAUGCCGUGCUGGUACUACGACAAGAAGGAGCUGCGCGAGACGCCGUCGAUCCUGGACGGCAUAGACUUUGAGACGGAGCGACGCUACCGCAAGGAGGGCGCCCGCUUUAUCAUGGAGUGUGGCACAAAGAUGGGCCUGGGCCACAACACGAUGGCCACUGGCGUGGUGUACUUCCACCGAUUUUACAUGUUCCACUCGUUCCGCAGCUUCCCGCGCUACGUGACUGCCUGUUGCUGUCUCUUUUUUGCCGGCAAGGUGGAGGAGACGCCAAAAAAGUGCCGCGACAUUAUUAAGAUGGCGCGCGGCAUUCUAAACGACAAUUACUUCUUUUCGUUUGGUGAGGAUCCCAAAGAGGAGGUGAUGACGCUGGAGCGCAUCCUGCUGCAGACUAUUAAAUUUGACUUGCAGGUAGAGCACCCGUAUACCUUUCUGCUUAAGUACGCAAAGUGCUUCAAGGGCGACCAGCAGAAGCUGCAGAAAAUGGUUCAAAUGGCUUGGAACUUUGUCAACGACUCUCUUAGCACCGUGGUCUGUCUUCAGUGGGAGCCGGAAAUCAUAGCCGUGGCUCUUAUCCACUUGGCCAGCAAGCUGAGCAAGUUCACUGUGCAGGACUGGGAGGGCCGACAGCCACAGCACCAGCGCUGGUGGGACAUGUUCGUGUCGGACGUAACAAUGGAGAUCCUCGAGGACAUCUGUCACCAGGUGUUGGACCUGUACCAGUCCACCCAAAAGGAAGCCCUUCAGCCCAGUAGCCCGCCACAAAAGCCACCCAGCCUGGCGGACAGCCCAAAUCCCACGGACAUCGUGUUUUCCACGGUGCAACAACAAAAGCCGCCACCCCCAAGUGGAAACGAUAGCUUGCUGGCAGUCAGCAACAUCCAGAGCAUCAAGACGCUGCCCAUCCUGUGUACCGGUUCUAGCCCUGGGUUCCAUCCGGCUACACAUGGCCCAACGCCUCUUGUCCAUACCCCCGGCUACCACCUUUACCACGCUCCGCCACCACCUCCUCCGCCGGUCGUGCCCAUGCCGCCCUACCCCUCUCCCAGCUGGGCAAUCCAGCAGCAGCCGCCCACACAUUACGGUAGCGGCGCGGCACCUCCUCCGCCAAUGCCACCCAAUCUGCCCCUUGGCCCUAGUGGGUACUAUAGCGCCGGCGGACGACAACCUCAGCAGCGGUACCAGUAAAAGGACAUGAUGGUUCGGUUCGAAGAUAACCGAGUUAAAAUAUUAAUUAUUCAUAACGCGUAAUUAUAUUUAAAAAAAAAGCGUUUUAACUUAGAUUUACGGAUUUAGAAUUUGGCAGGGACCCAGUUGAAUUGUUUCACGAGUGGGCAACUAAAUUUCUUGACUACUUAAACUUUUAUUCAAAUUUGGUUUCCUCGUAUGCAGCUCCGAAAUUCAUCACUGCAUAAAUCACCCUUUCACCAGUCUGUCGACUGCAACGCCAGCAUAUUUGACAUUUUUACUCGACAAUCGUAGCAAAAAUUGAAAUUGGAAACUAGGGACGAAUUUUUGGCGUUGAUUCACAAAUUAUUAAAUCUGGUGAACCGGGUAUAAAAAUUUAAACGCAGGCUAAUUCUCUUAUACUUACAAUUGUUUAUUUAUUCAAAGAAUACUUAAUUAAAAACGAAAAAGUACAAAAUAAAGGUCACAGCUUAUUUUAACCAAAGAACAAAGUAAACUCAUAAUAUUUUUGGCCAUUAAUAAAAAAUCUAAAUAUAUAGUUUUAUCACCCUUCUAAUCAAGAAAAAUUUUAUAACGUAUUGAAUAUUGAGAGUAUGAGAUUUUAUGGGUGAUAUUAGCUAAAAAUUGUAUAUUUUCAAACGUAUCUCGACAUUUUGGAUAUCGCUAGUGUCCAGAGACUGUUAUGGCGAUACUUUGGCUAUAACGAAAACUUUAAUUAUUAGGAAGAUUUUCCAAUAAUUCUUCAGAACGAGAAGGCAUAUUUGUUCAGGAUCCAAACAAUUUCUUUUGCAGGACCAGCACUCGACGUACAGGCCCACAACAAAGCGCAAUAAUAAACCAACAGGUUUAUCUAGGGUCGCCCCAAUAUUAAAAACGUUUGAAAAAAAUAACAUUUUCAACCAAAAUCACCAAAAAAAAAACGCACUGGUAAGGGAGUGGGGUACCAUUUUAUCAAAAAAGAAAUUGAUAGAAUAAAUUCAAAAAGUAAUGAAACUCUA